AUGGGACAUAAGAAAGCUGGGGGUGGAGGAGAGGGCGACUCUGAUCCCUCUUGCUGGCCUCUAACAUAGAGGCCCUCAGAGGGCCAGGGUGGGGCUGUCUAUGACCUUAUCUCUUUGCCUUCUGAGAGGCUCCUCAGUUCUGGGAUCCUGGCCAUGAGGGCACCCUCCUCUCUUGCCUUACUAAUCCUGCUGCUGCUGGCAGCUACUGGUCGUGGCCAAGAGGUCCAUGGGCCCUUCUGGGUUCGAGUCUUGCCACAAGAGGUGAACAUACUUCCUGGCAGCUCUGUUUGGAUCAACUGCAGCACAAGCUGUCCCCAGCCUGAAGCCUGGGGGUUGGUCACUUCACUGACUCAGGGGGAAAAAAAGACAGGACCAGGAUGGGCUGCUUUUCAGGUGCUGGAUGUGAGGGCCUGGGAUUCAGCAGCCCGAUGCUUCUUUACCUGUGUUGGAGAAACCCAGGAGGCCACUGCCACAAUCAAGACCUACAGCCCCCCACAAGCUGUGGUCUUGGAACAACCAACCCUCAUGGACGUGGGCACUGAAUACGAGUUUCGCUGUCACGCAGCCUUUGUCUUCCCUCUGGAGAAGCUAACUAUGAUCCUGAGCCUCAAAAGCAGAGCCCUGUCCUCUGUUAGCUUAGCUGGAUCAGGCUACCGCCUUGAGUCAGCCAAUGUGACCUGGACCCCCAGGUUCCAGCCACGCCUCCAAGAUAUGGGACAGCUACUGACCUGCCAUGCACAGCUUAACCUCGAUGGCUUCUUGAUCACUCGAAGCUCCAAGCCAGUGAGGCUAUACUUCCGAGAGAACCCGAUGUCUCAAGUGGUAGCCUGGCUUGCUUUAGCAGCCCUGGCCGGACUCCUAUUGCUUAUUUCAGGUGUGUUCCUCUUUCGGUUUAGGGGGCUGCUACAAUUGGAAGCCUUGCGCCCCUCUGGUGGAACCCCUGCAGAGAAGGUGUGA